UAUUGGUGAUUCUAAUGACCCAUUAGAAAGAAUGUUUUCCACAAUUCGAUGGUGGUUUGCAAAGGAUUUGAAAUUUGUGAAAGGAAAAUUGAUAAAGCCAUAUAAUUCAAUUCUAGGCGAACAAUUUAUAUGUCAUUGGAAUGUGACCGCUCCAAAAUUUGAUAAUAACGGUCUUUACAAAAAUACCUCCACGCCAAAUGAUGAAAAAAAUUAUCUAGUUACUUGUCUUAAUGAACAAAUAUCUCAUCAUCCUCCUGUAUCAGCUUUUCAUUAUAAUUGUGAAGAAACUGGUGUAUCCGCUUAUGGAAUGGAUCAUAUUUCUGCAAAAUUUACGGGAACUUCUGUAAAAAUUGGUCCUGGUGAUCAAAACAAAGGAAUUUAUAUUAACUUGGCUAAAAGAGACAAUGAAGAAUAUUUAUUAACUCAUCCUGUGGCUUCUGUUCAAGGGUGGUUGAAAUUAUCAUUAUACAUAGCCGUAGGUGAAUGCUGUAUUAUCACAUGUCCAAAAACAAAAUUAAAAACUAUCUUAGAAUAUAAAGAAGAG